AUAUACAUGUUACUCUUAUAUUAUUCUUGGUCUAGCUUAAUGACCUUUUGGGCCUUGCUCUUUUUCCAAUUUAUAGGAGAAGAUCAUAAAAGUCUAAAAUUUGACCAAAGAAAAACAUACAGCCAAUAAAAUAUUAAUAUAUUUUAACUUAGAUACUAUUGUACAUAUAUAUACACAUAGCUAGAGAGAGUACUCAUGUGAAAAAUUACAGGUAGCAAGAGCUUCAUAUAGUUAUAUGUAUAUAAUAGGUACAUAUAUAUUAGAAGAGAUUUAUAUAUAGAUAUAAUUGAGAGAUAUACAUAAUAUGGAAGAAAAGAAGGAGUUAUUGAAAGAAGAUGAUGAUGAUGAUGAUGAAUAUGAUAAAGAUGGUGUUCCACUUCCAGGGUUUCGGUUUCAUCCAACUGAUGAAGAACUUGUUGGAUUUUAUUUAAGAAGAAAAGUUGACAAAAAACCACUUCGUAUUGAACUCAUCAAACAGAUUGAUAUUUACAAGUACGACCCCUGGGAUCUUCCAAUUAGCAAGGUUGGGGAGAAAGAAUGGUACUUCUUUUGCAUAAGAGGAAGAAAAUACAGGAACAGUAUAAGACCAAACAGAGUGACUGGGUCUGGAUUUUGGAAAGCCACUGGAAUAGACAAGCCCAUAUAUAAUUCCUCCUUAGUCAAAGAAGGUGAUCAUGAUGAUCAUAAUCAUAAUAAUGAUGAGUCCUUAAUUAUUGGUCUGAAAAAGUCAUUGGUUUACUAUCGAGGCAGUGCUGGCAAAGGGACUAAAACUGAUUGGAUGAUGCAUGAGUUUCGUCUCCCUCCAAAUAAUCCCACCAACACUACUACGUCUACUCUAAAUUAUUAUAAUUAUUCCACUAAUAAUAACAACAACAACAACAACAAUGCUGCUGCUCUAGAAGCUGAAGUUUGGACACUAUGCCGAAUAUUCAAACGAAUCCCAUCAUACAAAAAGUACGUACCAGCUGCAGAUAAUAACAACAACAAAUCGAAAGAGACGACAACAACAACAACCAAAAAAUCAUUAUCAUCAUCAUCAUCUUCUUCAUUAUUAUAUCCUUUAGAAUAUUAUAUUAAUAAUAACUACAACAACAACAGUGAUUAUUCAAGCUCUAAAUCAUGCAGCUUAGAAACUCAUCAUGAUCAUUUAAGCUUGGAACUAGACACACCAUUAUCCCACCACCAAUAUCAUCGACAAGCCAACCCUGGCGCCGCCACUUAUGGCGGCGAUGAAACUACUCCCACUAGUACUACUGCAGCUGCUCGUGGAAGCUGGUUUGAUAAUGUCGGGCAAUAUCGUAAUAGUAAUAAUAUUAUUAAUAAUAAAAAUAUUGUUGGUGUACCUCCAUUUUCGGCUAAUAAUUCUUAUUAUCCGAAAAACCCUAACUCAGAAGAAGAAGAUUUUUCUAUGAACGAAAGCUGGGAAGAUCUCAGAUCAGUGGUGCAGCUGGCCGUUGAUGGUCAUUCAUCUCAGCUUUAUAAUAUUAUUAGGUAAAUUUUGUAAUAUAUUUAUAUAUAGGGCUCGCUUGAAUUAAAAUAUAGUACAUUUUUGUGUUUUUUUCCCCUCUUAAUAGUUAAAAGUGAUAAAUAAUAAUGGUGGAGAUUUUUCUUAACUAUAUAUCAUGUAUAUAUAUAUUAAGAAAAUCUCUAUUGCUAUUAUCACUUCUCACUUUUUAUAUAAAGCAGGCCCAAAUACGAACGUACAUGUAUAUAUAUUUCUCAGCUCUGAACUAGAAAGUAGACCCAUAUAUAUAAUUAUAUAUUUUGUUGUUUUGCUAAAAAUAUAUAAUUAUAUAUUUAUGCAUGUAUAUAAAUUUGACCUUA